GUUGCUCAGGGUGGAGCAGACAUCUCUGAUGGCGUUGAGUGGGGCGGAAUCCGCGGUACUGCUCGCGUCUCCAGACUCGUUUCUCCCGGAAGUGGGUGGUUAAGUCGCCACUCGGUCACUGCUGGCUAACGAGCGAUCGCUGGGAUGAAGGAGAGUCGGGGACAUUCUUGGGGCUGACAGAUAUCCGACGACACAGUUGUGAGAUUUCAUUUUUAACCAGUUAGUUGCGGUAUAUCCGCAGAAAUCCACCACAAACGCUCGCAAAAAAGGCUCAGACACCCCGCCGCCAAGAUGAUGGAAGAAAUUGACAGAUUUCAAGUGCCGACUGAGGCGGAGAUGCAGCCUUUUGAUCCAGCAUCAUCGACUACAUCAGAGGCAGACUCAGACACCAGAGAGAGUGAACCUGCCACGCUCAACUACAAACCCUCUCCUCUCCAUAUGAAGAUAGACAAACAGAGAGAGCUGGUAAGGAAAGGAUCACUGAAAAAUGGAAAUGCUGGAAGCCCUGUCAAUCAACAACCUAAGAAAAAUAAUGUGAUGGCUAGAACAAGGCUAGUGGUUCCAAAUAAAGGCUAUUCUUCUUUAGACCAGAGUCCAGAUGAGAAACCUUUAGUUGCUCUAGACACAGACAGCGAUGACGACUUUGACAUGUCUAGAUAUUCCUCGUCAGGAUACUCGUCAGCCGAGAUAAACCAGGAUCUGAACAUCCAGCUGCUGAAAGACGGAUACAGGCUGGAUGAGAUUCCCGAUGAUGAAGACCUGGACCUUAUACCGCCCAAAUCCGUCAACUCCACCUGCAUGUGCUGCCAGGCCACCUCCUCCACCGCUUGUCAAAUCCAGUAAAUCCCUUUCAUAACCACAGAUAACACAUCUAAUCAAUAUUACAGAAGGAAAUGUACAGUAAACAUUAUAAUGAGCAGGAACAUGUGAACACACACACACACACACGCACACACAUUAACUCUUAACAUAUGAUUAUUAUUGGUUGCUUCCUCCUAUGGCAGGAUAUGCACUGUUUGCUAAUGCGCUAGGAGAAUCUGCUCACUUUCACCUCCUAGCCAGCAUUGUGUUAUACUGUACAAGUGAACGUAGAACAAAUAAAGCAUUCAAGUUGCUUUAAUUGUGAAUUAAAAAAAAAACUACUCGAUGUUCCAGAGAGUUUGAAAUAGCUUAUCCACUGGAUUCUCUGCUUUUAUGUUGCACUCAUCGCAUUAACGUCGUCCUUAUGGUAAGAUUUGAUUUUCGUACGGGUUCUGGUUGGAUGUUUGUUGUUCGUGGCUGCUAUUGAGGCUAAAUUUGGGUCUGUUUCUGUUGAACAUUUCUUGCAUGUUGGUGCAUUGGUACUGCAGCGCUAACGUUAGCCUUGUCUGGCAUGCACCUGGACAUCACACUCUUUGUUUGGUUUACUCUCUCACCUGUGUGGAUUUUGUUGAAUCAUGUUCGAAACGCCACUUGAUAUGACAUGUGAGAGAAAAGAGUAUACACAGAAACCCAUCAUUUGGAGUUUUAUUUAGCGAGGCUGUUGUUAUAUUGGUCAGACUUUACAAAAAGGUUUCAUUAGCUAAUGCUAGUUGAUGUAUUUAUCAACAUGAGCUAAGAGAGAACAAUACUUGUACAGCAUUUGUUAAUCAUAGUUUAACGUUUACUAAUGCAGUAUUAAUUAACAUUAACAUUGAUGAAUGCUGUAAUAAAUGUAUUGUUCGUUGUUUGUUCGUGUUGUAAACACAUUAAGUAGUACAAGUAAUGUGCAUAUAUAUAGCGCAUUUGUGUAUGACCAUACACCCAAAGCGCUUCACGAUCAUGGAGGGGGGGUGGGGGGUCUCUCCACACCACCACCACUGUGCAGCAUCUGGAGAGGGAGACCGGAGAGACAGUGAUAGAGCCAAUUCGAUGGAUGGGGAUGAUUGGGAGGCCAUGAUGAGUAUUUGGUCAGGACACCAGGAUUACACCCCUACUCUUUAUAACAGAGGUGUCCAAACUCAGUCCUUUACGAGAAGUGCCAUGGGAUUUGAAAUGACCACAGAAAGUCACGACCUCCGUUUUAACGUCUCAUCCGAUAGACGGCGCUCACUGAAAGUACAGUGUCCCCUUUACUAUACCGGGGACAGACUGCAGGUUGAGUGACCCCUGCUGGCCUCACUAACACCACUUACAAAAGCAACCUAGUUUUCCCAUAUGGUCUCCAAUCCAGGUACUAACCAGGCUCAGCCCUGCUUAGCUUCAGUGAGUUGGGCUGCAGGGUGAAAUGGGUAUGGCAUACAACCUUAUUGUAAAGUGUUACUAUUAUUUUCACAGUAAGCUAUCACUAAAGAUGAUAAAUCUCUUACAUAAAGACGUUUCUGUUUUUCAUAGGUCAAUCAAUGGGUACGAUUUAAUCGCUGUUUUGACAUUUUGAGGAUACUCUUCUGUUUCCUAGACACAGACAUGUUGUAUAAUUAAUGCACUUGUUAGCUUUCUUACAAUAAGUAUUGUUUAAUUAAGAAUAAAUAACACACGAGUAGGCACCAAAGAAUGUUGUUGGAAUCAUUUUACACUGUGCGAAAAAGUCAUUUCUAAUUUAUAUCUGAUGAUCACUGCAUUUCACUGGAAAUCAGUUCAUUAUGGGCUGUUUAAAUUAUAAGCACUGUUUUCUUUUAGCCUUUAAAACUCAACUAAGAAUGUUAACGUUGCUAAUAUGUUCAAAUUCCCUGGCCUAUCUUUGCAUCUAUUAUUAUCAAUGAGGAAACUGCAUUGUUUGUUUACACACUAUAUUGUUUUCCAAAUCUUCCCCUUUCGUUCAGCUUUAAAAGCCAUUUUCUGUGUUCUCUUUACACGCUACACACCAUCCUGAUCAAGCUGUAUCUCAAAAGGCAAGCGAUUCUCAUUUUAGCUGCUCAUGUUCACUUUUUGGUCUGUUUGAACUUUGACUAAAAUGUGUAAUGAUGACCUGAUGUAUUCAAUUCAAAGCGUAUUCAAAGGUGAGCAUUUGUUGGACAAAAGCUGUGUUUUUAUGUUAUGACUAUGUGAGGAAGUCCAUUUAUGUAUUAACAAUGUUGUUAUCGGUUUCAGUGAUAUCAAUAAAAGCAGAUCUGAAUUACACUUUUCUUUGUUUUAAUUUACCCUUUAUGUACAUCAUUUACAGUUGUAGGGAAACCCAGACUGUGAUUGUUACAGAAAUGACAGGGAUGUAAAAGUACAGAUUAUUUAUGUACAAAGGUAGUGGCUCACAGUUUAUAUACAGAUAGAGCAUUGACAUUAUGCUACUGAGAAGACUUUUGUAAACCACUCAGUAUCUUAACUACAGUCUGCAAUCUAAGACACGAGUGCUAAACCUCACAACAGAAGGCACAGAUUCAGCAUUUCACAAUGACUGUGUGUCGUGAAUUCAAGCUCACAACCUGUUCAACAAACAGACUACCAGAUAAUUCUUGACAUUAACAGCCAAAUUGAUCAGUUUUCACAACAUAAAAUAUAAAAAAAA